AGGAUAUACCCCGCCCCCCAAAUUUUCAUCAGCAAACAGUGUUCCCAAAUACAGCGUAGGCGGGAGAUUGCCAUUUUCCAUUCCUAAAUUCUCUCUCUACAGCCUCUUCAAUCUACUACACCACCCCCCAACUAUUUCCCUAAUUCACACACACACACACACACAAACAGAGGCAUACAAUACACACAGCCAAUUUUCCAGGUCAUGGAAGAACCACCGGUGGCUCCGGCGACCGCAUCUCGCCGUUCGAAAAGACCUAGGGUUUUGGUGUACGGUAAGAGUGUUGUUGACGGUCAGAGCCCGGAACAUGAAAAUUCGUUCGAGGAUUUUGAAGAACCGCGUCCAAAAGGUAGCAAGCGUACACGUGUCGCCGGAGAAUCUUCGGCUCCUGAACCGGAGAGCUACAACACUCUGAUUGAGGUUAUUAAAGGGAACGGAAAACAUAUUCCGCGGGUGGUUAAGUUAUGGGUUGAGAGUUAUGAGAAGGAUCCAAAACCUGCAAUGGUUGAACUUCUGACCAUGUUGUUUGAGGCAUGCGGAGCAAAGUACCGCAUUCAAGGAGAAUUCUUAGAUGAGACUGAUGUUGACGAUGUUGUAGUAGAUCUUGUUAAGCUGGCUCGAGAUGGGGAAAUUGAGGAUUAUCAAAAUUCCAAAAAGAAGGAGUUUAAGAAUUUUAAAGAUAACCUAGUUUUUUUCUGGGACAAUCUAGUUGCUGAGUGCCAGAAUGGUCCGUUGUAUGAUCAAGUGUUGUUCGACAAGUGCAUAAACUUCAUAAUUGCACUUUCAUGCACUCCUCCUAGAGUUUAUCGUCAAGUUGCUUCUUUAAUGGGGCUCCAGCUUGUUACGUCAUUCAUUAAUGUAGCUAAAGUUCUUGGUGCACAACGAGAAACUACUCAGAGACAAUUAAAUGCUGAAAUGAAGAAAACAUCUGACGGACCUCGCGUGGAAUCACUUAAAAAUAGGGUGACAGUUACACAUGAAAACAUAACAAUGGUAGAAGGGAUGAUGCGAAAAAUAUUUACAGGGUUAUUUGUGCACCGUUACAGAGACAUUGAUCCAGAUAUUCGGAUGUCAUGUAUUCAGUCACUUGGUGUGUGGAUACAAUCUUACCAGUCCUUGUUCUUGCAAGAUUUAUACUUAAAAUAUCUUGGAUGGACAUUGAAUGACAAGAGUGCUGGUGUGAGAAAGGCUUCUGUCCUUGCUCUGCAGAACCUAUAUGAGGUGGAUGACAAUGUUCCAUCUCUUGGUCUGUUUACAGAAAGAUUUUAUAAGCGGAUGCUUGAGCUUGCUGAUGACAUUGAUAUUUCAGUGGCAGUAUGUGCAAUAGGACUAGUCAAACAAUUACUAAGACACCAGUUAGUUCCUGAUGAGGAAUUAGGUUCACUGUAUGAUUUACUAAUUGAUGAUCCACCAGAUAUCAGGCGGGCUAUCGGGGCACUAGUGUACGAUCACUUGAUUGCGCAAAAGUUUAAUAGUUCUCAAUCUCAUUCAUCAGGUGAAGAAGAUGAUUCUUCAGAGGUUCAUUUAGUCAGAAUGUUGAAAAUACUUGGAGAGUUUCAGGAAGAUCAAAUUCUAAGUAUAUAUGUCAUCGAUGAUGUGUGGGAGUUCAUGAAUGCCAUGAAGGACUGGAAGCGUAUUAUCUCUAUGCUACUGAGUGAGAACUCGUCAACUGAGCUGACUAAUGAAGAUAUAACUAAUCUUACUUGGCUUCUAUGUGCAUCUGUGAAAAAGUCAGUGGGUGAGAGAAUUGUGCCUGCUACUGAUAACCGAAAACAGUAUUAUACCAAAGCUCAAAGAGAAACAAUUGAAAUCAAUAGAAAAAAUAUAACUGUCGCCAUGAUGAAGAACUACCCACAGCUGUUGCGCAAAUACAUGGUUGAUGAUGCUAAAGUACCAUUGCUAGUUGAGAUUAUAGUCUACAUGAAUCUUGAGCUUUAUUCUUUGAAGAGGCAAGAACAGAACUUCAAAACUGUUCUUCAGCUCAUAAAAGAUGCAUUUUUUAAACAUGGUGAAAAGGAUGUCCUUAGAUCUUGUGUGAAGGCUAUAAUCUUCUGUUCUUCUGAGAGCCAUGGGGAGCUACAAGAUUUCGCCCAAAAUAAAUUAAAGGAACUAGAGGAUGAGCUGAUUGCCAAGCUUAAAUCUUCAAUAAAAGAAGUUGCGGAUGGCGAUGACGAGUACUCACUUCUUGUGAAUCUUAAAAGGCUGUACGAGCUUCAACUGGCGAGGGCUGUACCAAUUGACAGUGUAUAUGAUGAAAUAGUGAAUACUCUUGAAAAUUUCAGAAACAUGGAUGAUGAGGUUGUCAGUUUUCUACUUCUGAAUAUGCACCUGCAUGUUUCUUGGUCCUUGCACUCGAUCGUAAACAACAAAACCAUCCCCGAGGCAUCUGUUUCUUCCCUUAUGACCAAAAGGACUGCUUUGUUUGCGCAACUUGAGCAUUACCUACCCCCCUUGACUGGAAGUCAGGAAGAGAGUAAAUGUGGACACCUUCUAGCCUGUCGAGUUUGUACUAUACUUGCAGAAACCUGGUGUUUGUUCAGAAAGACAAACUUCAACUCAACAAAGUUGGAGCAUCUAGGAUACUGUCCUGAUGUUUCUGUUCUUCGAGGGUUUUGGGGACUGUGUGAACAGCAACUUAACAUUUCAGAGGAAGCGGAAGAAGAAGAUGCUAAGAAAGAAUAUGUUGAGGAGACCAACAGGGAUGCAGUUAUGAUUGCUGCUGCCAAGCUGAUUGCUACUGAUGCAGUUCCCAAGGAGUUUCUUGCCCCAGAAAUUAUUUCUCACUUUGUAAUGCAUGGAACAAAUGUUGGUGAGAUUGUUAAGCAUCUGAUAUCAUUGCUGAAGAAAAAAGAUGAUGAUAUUUCUUACAUAUUCUUGGAAGCACUGAAAAGGGCCUAUCGACGAACUAUGGUUGUAAUGUCGAGUAGUGAUGAUGUAGAUGACAUAUCUGCAAAAUUAUACAAGGAUUGCAAAGAUCUUUCUGCUCGACUUUCCGGUACUUUUGUUGGUGCUGGUCGAAGCAAACAUAGAGCAGAUAUAUUGAAAAUUGUGAAGGAUGGUAUUGAGUUUGCUUUUCUGGAUGCUCCAAAGCAUUUGGCUUUCUUAGAUUUCGUUGUUAAUUUUGUUUCCAAACUUCCUAGACCUGAUAUUCUGGAGAUUUUGAAGGACGUACAAAAACGUACAGAGAAUGUGGACACGGACGUAGAUCCCAGUGGUUGGCGUCCAUACUACACUUUUAAAGACAGCUUGCAGGAGAAGUAUGCGAAAAAUGAAGAUUUACAAGAUGACAAACCAGGGGCUUCCAUAAAACGUCGUGGUCGCCCUCGUAAGAAAGAUAAUAUACAUGGAAAGAAACUCUUUGAUGAGCAAAGUUCAAGUGAAGAAGAGGACCCUAUCAGUGUGGACGACCAUAAUGACGAAGAUGAAGAAGACCAGCAAGAAGAAGAUGAGGACGAGGAGGCUCCUUUAAUACAUUCACUUAGAGCAUCCCAGAAGCUCAAGUCACUGAGAGUUUCGAGAGAGGAAAAGAAAGGACAAACAAGUGCCGAGAACUUAGCAGCUUCUAGAACUUCAGGGGCAUCCAGCUAGAUAAUACCAGGUUCUUUGCAAAGCAAAAGGUUUAAUGAAGCAUAAGGUCUGGGUUGGAAAUUAAAUGAACUAGAAAAUUAGCUUUGAAAGUGGUAGUGUAGAAAUUUCCCCAGCACUUGUAUAUUCAUGUUUGUACAUGUAGCCAUGUUUUCUUAAACUAGCCUACUGGUGUGGCUUGUUAUAUUUAGAGUAUCCUACCCUGUUCUGACUAGGUUAAUUGUCAUGUUCUCAACAACAAUAAUCAUAACCAAAUUGAUGCUAUUUGAUAUUUGAAUUGUGACGAUGAAUAUAUUUAUUACAAUCUUA